GAUCAUCUCCUUGAGUCUCUUUGUGGUCCUUCCUGUUUCAAAGUCCAGCUGAGCUGCUCCGGUCUGUUAGUUUCCAUCAGAGAUGUUUGUGCAGGAGCUUCACAGGUCCUUGUCAGUUUCUCGCACGGUGUUGUGAGUGUUUGAGCAGCAGACAGACAUGCAGCAGUCUGUGGAGGCUCUGGUCAAAGUGCUGGAGUCAUACAGAGGAAGAGAUAAAGUGAUCAGGACGGUCUGUUAUGGAUCGCAGCUCGUUGGAGGAGUUCUUUCCCGGAAAGCAGAGACAGACGUUUCAUCCCACCAACUUGGGAAAAGUCUGCUGCUGUUUUCUGCACAGCUCAGUCACUGCCGGACGGUGCUGAGGCUGUUUGAUGAUCUAUCCAUGGUGGCUUACUCCCACAGCUAUGGGACAGGAGCUGGGGAGGAAGACACAGCUGUUCGGUGGAUAUCAGUGCUGACCAACGUGGCCGACCAGCUCUACUACCCCUGUGAACACAUCGCGUGGGCCGCUGACGCUGAGCUAAUCAAAGUGAAGUCUGACAAGUGGUGGCUGUUAAGCACCGUGCUGUGGGGGACCUCACUGCUGCUGGGAAUUCUCAGAUCCCUCCGAGUUCUGCUUCUACUGAAGAAGAAGCUGAACAGACAUGAGAGCAAUGGGAGUGCCAGCAGCCGCUCUCAGCUCCGCAGGCAGAUGCGAGGGGAGGUUCUGUCUGUCCUCAGCAGCAUGGCUGACCUCAGUAAUGCCGUUCAUUGGAUGCCACCUGGCUUCCUGUGGGCGGGACGAUUCCCCAACUGGCUGGUGGGGCUGAUGGGCACCAUCUCAUCCCUGAUUGGUUUGAUCCAGAUGAACGCAGGCGACAACGACCAGAGCGACAGUACAUAAACUUCACGUCACAGUGAGAAAAUGACGUUUAUUGGUGGAAAAUGCUGAGUGAAAGGAUGUGUAGGACAUCUUUAAUGGGAUUGGACUUCAGUCAGAUUGUGGAGAUGAAUCUUUUUUUAACGAGUAAGAUGUAGCAGACUUCUAUCCAAUCAUGCAAGUGCUUAAUCAGAUGUGAUUAGAAACCUCUUGAAAAUGUUACAGCGGAGAAGCAUGUAGACAUUUCAGUCAUCAGACAGUCGGAGGCAAGAUUUGAUGACAAGAUCAAUCAAUCAAAAGUUUUUUUCUCAGGAGACUGCUAACAAUCACACAAAUGUGAAAUUUAUAUAGAAAUUAUGUGUUGUUAUGAGAAAUGACAAUCAGAGGCACUUUGGCAGUAAAUGUCAUUGCAUUUAGCACAAAAUACCUCCCACUUUUUGUUCAGAGACUGUUUCAGUGCUGCCAAGUUCCCAAAAACAACAGCUCCUGCUCCUGGGACGACAACACUUUUGCCUGAGGACCACUGCUUGCAUCCUUGUUUGUCAGUAUGCAAAGUGGCCUGUGACUUCAUCCUGUACCUGACAAGUCACAAGCUGAUUCCUGUAACAGCCUCUAUGUUUAACAGGAGGUUUAUGCGCAAAGGGACACUAAACCUCUACCUGUUCAGUCGGUCACGCUGGAAGAUCAGUGCACGAUAAGAUGAAAUGGAUGAAUGGUUGUUUCUAGAAAUGAAAGCUGUGGUGAUUUUAGGAGAAAUACAGUGACAGUGAAAUACAGUGAAAAAAAGAGGUAAAAUUGUUGCCUUAAAUACUCACUCCAACCCGGCAAUGUUCAAUGUUGCAUGUGGUCUUCAGUUGUUUGCAACGUGAAACCUCACCACUAGAUGCCACUAGAUCCUACACACUGCAGCUUUAAUUAUUACAUUUUUUAAUGUAACUUUUUAUCAUCACUGCUGCAUCCAAACCACUCGUUUGUUGUUUAUAGGGUGUAAUAUACUCAAACUACACCACAGCACCACUGGGUUCACCAAUAAGGUGCUCUUCAGGAACUGGUGAACUUGGCUGCAGAAAUAUCUGGUUUGCUCAGCAGAAAGGAUUAAAUGUAAAUGAACUUAUAUGUAAAAAUGUUUAGAUGAUUUAAACUCAUGAACUUUUUUAAUAAAUUGAUUUUUUUUGUC